AUGCACUUGCACUGAACUCUGUGUGUGCAGGAGGAAUAAAAUUUGUGGUGAGGCAGUUUACCACACUGGCCUCCAGGAGGGUGAAGAAAGAGCACGCAUCCGCGUGGGAAGGAGCUGUGCAGUGACCCUGAGAACAUCGGAGGGACCUACGCCUGCGCCGUCUAAUCCACACGAAGAGGGUCUGUGUCUUCACCCUGGUGACAGGAAUCUGAAAUUUAAGAGAAAAACUCUGUGACCUCUGGCUUGUGCCGUGAAGCAGAAAUCUACUUCUUUGUUGAGUGGUCCUCACAGUGGUGAUAUGGGGAACGGGACAACCACCUAGGGCUCAACAACCCACUUGGGAUCAGCGCAUUUCCUGAGCUUCAUCCCUGCUUUCCUGGCACUGCUGCUGUGGAGUCAGCACAGCGGAACCAUCUUUCUCUGCCAGGCCUGCAUCUUCAGUCCAGUGCGAGUAUCACCAUGGGCGAGGAACCAGCGAAUUCCACCGAUAGUGAUUAUUUAAGCGAUUACUCCGAGCCGGGUAGUGCUAUGUCUUACCCAUCUGAGGAGGGUGCCUUGCUGUGCUCCUUGCAGGAGGUCAGACAGUUCUCCAGGAUGUUCGUGCCAAUUGCGUACUCCUUUAUCUGUGUCUUUGGCCUCCUGGGUAAUAGUCUUGUGGUGACCACCUUUGCCUUUUAUAAAAAGUCCAAGUCUAUGACGGACGUUUAUCUCUUGAACAUGGCCAUUGCAGAUAUACUUUUUGUCCUUACUCUGCCAUUCUGGGCAGUGACCCAUGCCACUGGUGAGUGGACUUUCAGCAAUGCCGUGUGCAAACUGAUGAAAGGUAUCUACGCCAUCAACUUCAACUGUGGUAUGCUGCUCUUGGCCUGUGUCAGCAUGGAUCGGUAUAUUGCCAUUGUACAGGCAACCAAAUCUUUCUGGUUCCGGUCCAGAACUCUGGCACACAGCAGAAUAAUCUGCCUUGCUGUGUGGGUGGUGUCACUGAUCAUCUCCAGCCCAACAUUUGUCUUCAACCAGAAAUACAAUACACAAGGCAGAGAUGUCUGCGAGCCCAGGUAUGACCCCAAAUUAGACCCUAUCAUGUGGAAACUGCUGGGGCUGGGACUGCAACUGCUGUUUGGAUUCUUUAUCCCACUGGUGUUUAUGGUAUUCUGCUACACAUUCAUUGUCAAGACCUUAGUGCAGGCUCAGAAUUCUAAGAGGCACAGAGCCAUCCGUGUGGUGAUAGCAGUGGUCCUUGUUUUCUUGGCUUGCCAGAUUCCUCAUAACAUAGUCCUUCUUGUGACCGCUGCAAACCUGGGCAGAAUGAACCGAACCUGCAGCAAUGAAAAGCUCAUGAGAUACACCGAAAAUGUCACGGAAGUCCUGGCCUUCCUCCACUGCUGCCUCAAUCCGAUUCUCUAUGCAUUCAUUGGUCAGAGGUUUAGAAACUACUUCCUGAAGAUCAUGAAGGACAUUUGGUGUGUGAGAAGAAAGCACAAGGCACUAGGCUUCCCCUGUGCGAGGGUGAACUCAGAUGCCUUUGUUUCCAGGCAGACUAGCGAGAUCAUGGACAAUGACAAUGCGUCAUCUUUCACUAUGUGAUGAGGACGUGCAAGUCAAAUGACCUUAACCUUUGUGAAACUUGCUAAUUGAAAAAUAAGACACACACACACAUACACCUUUCUCCAUGGCCAAAUAUGCAUGGUAAAUGUGGAAAUUAGAUAAAACUAGGAGCUAUCUCUCUUACAGAUCAGGGACUUCCUGUGACCCAGCUGUAAAAUCUCUUCAUGGGGUGGUGGUGGGAGGUGGGUGGGCUCUACAAGCAGCUUUCCCUAACUGUGCCUGAGAAGAAAGACUUGUGGUCUAAGGCCUCACAGGGUUGUCUUUCCACAAAACAGGUUGUGGGAAAUGCUAAAUUAAAGUGAAUUGCUUAGGUAUGUAAAUUUUAAAGAAAUAUUUGUGAUGCAGUUAUAGACCACAGAAUUUCCUAGCAACAAAUGAUGACAUAGUUAAAAAAAAGAAAACCCAGAAGCCCUCCUGUAAAUCAUUUUAGGCAAACAUUUAAACAUUUUGUUCUCAAAGUGUUUGUUGCUGG